UGUUCAGCCAGCGAUAUUUAGAAGCUCAUGAGAAGCAGUGACAGGCAUCUGGCAACGUCCAAGGAGCAGGAUACAAAGGUGGGAAGUUAGAGAGGCAUCUCAAGAUGGCUAAGAACCUGCUAAUGGUACUGCUACUCACCCUCCUCAGCCAAGUGUUUUGCCUGCAGUGUAACACAUGCCACGGAGAAUACAAUUGUGUUGGAGAGAACGUGUCCUGCGAAGACUCCUCAGCCAGCUGCACAACAUCAGUCCGAAAGGCACAUGUCUCUUUUCUGGAAUUCCAGACUGUGAGGAAAGGCUGCGCUCGACAGCUCUAUCCAUUUAAAUCUCUUUCCAUGACUUCGCAUCUUGUGACUCUCUCAUACCAAGCAAACUUUUGUGCGGAGGAUGGCUGUAACAACGAGACCUACUUCGUCUCUCAUCCUGCCCCAACCAAUCACAUGCGCUGCCAUACCUGUGCCUCCCAGGGAGCCUGGUGUCCUGAAGCUUCUCGCACUCAGAUCAGCUGUGUUGGGCAUCAGGACCAAUGUGUGGAUCUUGACAUCACCGGGAAGUUGGGUCCGUAUUCCAAUCUCAAGCUGAAAGGCUGCACCAAUCUCCCCGGGUGUGAAGACACCUUGAGCUUUUACUCAGGAAGCCGAACCAUCCACGCCAGCUGCUGCAAUUCUCCACUUUGCAAUACCUUCACCCCAGACUUGCAUCUGGAAAGCCAGGCACCAAAUGGAUUGGAGUGCUACAGCUGUGUGGAUGGACAGGACUCCGGUGGUGCAUGCUCCAACAAGACCAUCUCCAAAGUGAAGUGCACCGGCAUUCGUAACAUGUGCCUGGAAGGAAUUGGCAACAGCCGUAAAGCUGGGAAAGAGGAGACCUUGGUGACUUUCAAAGGCUGUGCUUCCCCUGCCAUGUGCCAGAGCUCUCUCUUGGAAUUGGUGCAAGAGCUGGAAGAUGCUGACAUCCUCUGUUGCCAAGGGAAUCUCUGCAACAACCGCAUCGUAGACGGUGCGAUCACGGAAUCCCGAGUCCCUGCUGACAGCCCCGAAAACCUUGAAGAUGUAGGAUGUGUCACAUUCGACCCCAAGCCAUCUAAGCCCAUACCCACAUCUGAUUGCUUCUAUUCAGAUGAGGUGGAAGAUGGUAUGAUGGUGGUGGUGGACUCAACUCACGGUGAGGUCCCAUCUCCUGGAAACCACACUGCUGAGGAGACUGUCUACGUGGUUGAUGAAAAUGAAACGAGUGAGAAUUUGGUCAACGAAAGCAGUGCCCGACCUUCAUCCCAUCAUGUCCACACCUUUGUAGAUGGGAAACCAUAUGAGGAGAAUCUUUCUGGAAAUUCUUCUGAAAGUAGAGAAAUGUCUUCUUCUACAGGUGAUUCAAACACCGAACAUGAUUCUUCAGGCAGUUCCUCGGCUAUAACAAACCUGGGGACAAGCAAUGUGACUUCUUCUGGUAACCAUGGUGGUGUGGCUCUCCUGAUACCGUUCAUCGUUUCCAAGAGAAACAGGACUACCUCUCCAACCACCUCCUCCCCCAAAGAGGUUUUGCCAGCUUCUAGCAAUGAUAAGGACGUAUCAAGCGAUAAAUGUGAGUCAGAAGAGAAGUGCCUCGCCGCUGGGGGACACUUCGUAGCCACCAAUGAGGAGGAUCACGGAGGUUCUUCUUCCAGGCACCCUCCAUCUUCUUCUCAUGGAAGUGGAACUCUACUAAACACCUCCAGCUCUGCUGAAGACACUCCCAACGUUGGUAACUUUCUCAGAGAAGGAAGCAACCAGGAAUCAGAAUCCUAUUCCUCAUCCACUGAAAACACACGUAAUGUUUCGGUUUUAGCUGUUGAAGAACAUGGACCUCCGCAUUUUCCUGCCACCAAUAUCUCAGAAAACACCAACGUGGAGCGUGGCCAUGGAACACCUGGAGGUGAAAGCUUCAUUGUUGAUAAUAGUAUUCCUGUAUCAAUCUCUGCCAGCCCUAAUGCAACUUCAGAUGGCCUGGCCAGCAAUGUUCUUCCCAGAAAUCCGAUCGUCUCUGUAGAUAACAGCUCUUUCAUCGUAGAAGACAGGACCGGAGCAAAUGUUUCUUUAGCAGCAAACAUCAACGUGUCCGACUCCAUCCACAAUCCCGGAAUGGGCCUUGUUGCGGCACUUAUUACAUCCCGUCCCAAAACCACGACUCCGUGCAACCAGCCAGGGUGCGAAAACCCACUUAAAGCGAACCUGAUGAUUUCAUCCGGAGCAGCAGCAGGAGAAGAAGAAGCUACGAGGAACGCUAGCACCCCGUUAUUCAGCAAUCCUAAAAGUCCAGAACGCAACACAGCAGGAAAAGAGCAAGCCAAUAGUGGAGCUCUCGGCCUCACCACAAAUUUGGGGCUCUUCUCCCUCGCUUUUUUGUUAGCUGCCCUUACUUAGCUUGUCGUGACGGAGGAGGAAAGCGCAUUCAUUGGAAGGGUGACUCAGCUGUCUGGAUUUUAUCCCAAUCCGCUUCAAAAAAGAAAAAAGAAAAAAAAAAGAACAUGGGAACUUGGUGGUCCGCACAUCCACAGCGUUUACAAAAGAGGAAGGGUGACAUUUGCAAAUGAGACGCUAGAUUAAAAUUUGGCAAACUUCUGUUUUGUACAAGGGAAUGUGUGCAUUUUUAUACAUGUGCAGGAGAGAAUGUAUCGUAUAAAAACGUAUAAAGGCAUGGCAUUUUGCCCCCUGUACUGUAAAAAACGGUAUUGCUUCGUAAACCUUGGGUGCUGUGUAGGGUUGAGCGCACAUAUUCAGUUAGAUUUGAUUCAAAGGGGUUAAGGAAUUGGGAACUUGAUCUUGACUCUGUGUUAAUUCAAUUUCAGAUGUUUCUGUGGGAACCUGGAUGCUCGCCGAGCUUCCUUGUUUUCUUGCAGACGUUUCAUUGCAGGUAACAUCGGUAACAUCACCAGUGCGGUGAUGCUUCUCCACAUACAAUGCACGUUUCUGCAGAGACACCGAAACAGCUUUUUUUUUUCCCCUUACCAAAUAAACCCAUUUAUUUGCCGUGGUGGCACAGUGGUUGCAGACUUCAAAUCCCGGAAUUCUGGGAUUUGAAGUCUGCAGGUCUUAAAGUUGUAAGGUUGGACGUUCCAGCUCUAAACAGUGACAAGCAUUACGAUGUUCUCCAUGCUUGGCAAAUAUGGAAGUUGUAGUCCAACACAUCAGAAAGGAGGCAGGCCAAAAAAGCCUGCCUGAGUUCUUAACCACGACUCGAUGAAAGCCUUGUAAACCUAUUUCUGACAUGUCCUUAUUGCGCCAUACUCUUUGCUCAUCCUCGGUUGACUUUUGACUGGUGUUGUGUAAAAAAAGGAUGCUCAGAGAUCUUUGCUUAACCAAAUAAGGCCAACAUAAAUAAAGGGUUUUAGAAAGACAGAAA